UGUAACGCUAAUGACCACCGCGCCAGCCUCCCGUUCAAGUCCUUGAGCGUCAUAAGCCAUUGCAGGCUUGCAUGGUCGGUAACGAUCGUGAACGGCAUGAACUCCACAUAGGGACGGAAUCUUUCUACGGCUUUUACUGCUGCGAGACACUCUUUUUCCGUUACGCUGUAAUUGAGUUGUGCUCCUCUCAGCUUCGCCGAAAAGAAUGCUAUUGGCCGGUCCGAUCCUUCGACGUCUUGCUGGUAUAAUACUGCCCCAAUUCCUACAUGGCUGGCGUCACACUGUAUCCAGAAGUGUUUUCCAAAGUCUGGAUGAGCUAAUACCGGCGCACAGGCAGUCCGUGAGCGGCGCACUUACACCGGAGAAAUUUUGGAUGAAUCUGCGAUACCAGCCUGCGGUUCCUAAGAAGCUGCGUAGUUGUCGCGUAUUUUUGGGCACCUCUAUCUGCAUAAUCGCCUCAACUUUCAUCGGAUCCGUCCGCAAGGCCCCAUCACCGAUCCCAAAUAUCGCAAGUAUUUAAAACAAAAUUUUGACUUGUGUAGCCCGAUCGUCAAAUUUGCUUUAUUCAAACACUCUGCCACUUCUUUCAGCAACAUGCAGUGUUCUUCGAAAGUCUUGGAUAUCAUCAGCAAGUCAUCCAAGUAUACAAAGACGCGGCUGCAAAGACGCUGUGGGAUUACCUUGUCCAUUACCCUACACAACCUUUGAGCCGAAUUACAUAAUCCGAAUGGCAUCCGUCGAAACUGAUAGAGUGGCCUUCCAGGUAUUGUGAAAGCGGUCAAGGGACGACUUUUCUCAUCGAGUUCCA